AUGCGCGCAACUACAGAAGGCGCCGCCAAAACCAUCACCGCCCCAAAAGCUCUUCCACGUCUCUCUGCACCCGAAGUCAACUUCGCCACAAUCAUCGUCGGCAGCGACCAGAAACGCUUCGUUGUCCACCAAGGCCUUCUUACCCACUACUCCGAGUUCUUCCGAGCAGCUCUCACCGGACGUUUCAAGGAAGCCGAGGACAAGGUCGUCAAGCUGGAAGACCAGAGUCCCCGCAUCUUUGAAGUCUUCGUUCACUGGCUAUACUAUCAGCGAUUCCCUGACGCAGAUCACAAUGAUGGCGCGGAAAUCAUCGAGCUCUUCCAAGACGAAGCAUGCUUAGAGAAGCGGUACAACAGCGUCGGUACUCUAAUUAAGCUGUACGUGUUCGCCGACCGACACGAUGUCGAGAAGCUCAGGCUUGCUACGAUCAACGAGCUGUUCCAACGUGUUUUGGAAACAGUCAAUUGUCCGCAUCCUACCGCGACGUCUAUCGAGUUCGCCUUCGAGCACCUUGAUGUUGGAUCGCCUCUAUGUCACUUUCUCGCCGAUGUCACCUGUUAUGUGGACAUUCUCGACCCGCUCGAUCCAGAUGACGUCAACUCUUUGCCUUUCAUGAAGAUGCUCUGGCUGCGAUACAAGGAGAUGAUUGGUAAGGCCUCCAGGAAUGAUGACGAACUUCAAUUGUGCGAUUACCACGAGCAUGCGGAUAAAGAAGAAAGGGAGGAAUGCGAAGCGAAGCGAGAGAAGGAGUCGAGUGCGUAA